AUGGCCUCCGCGGGCGCGCGGCGGCUCCCGGCCGGGACGCGCGCCGCGGCCCAGCGCUGCCGCGGCCUCUCGCUCCGCCCGGCCCCGCCCCCGGGCCCGCGACCGCCGCCGCGACCAAUGAGGUUUCUGAUCUCUUGCAGCCUCCUCUGGCCCCGGGCUGCCCAUGUCUUGGCGUUGGAGGCUGGUUUACCUCCCAGUCGUUCCUUCAUGGGCUUUGCUGCCCCCUUCACCAAUAAGCGCAAGGCGUACUCCGAGCGUAGGAUCAUGGGGUACUCAAUGCAGGAGAUGUACGAGGUGGUGUCCAAUGUCCAGGAGUACCGCGAGUUUGUGCCUUGGUGUAAGAAGUCUCUGGUGGUGUCCAGCCGGAAGGGUCAUCUGAAGGCCCAGCUGGAGGUUGGCUUCCCACCGGUCGUGGAACGCUACACCUCUGCCGUCUCCAUGGUCAAACCACACAUGGUGAAGGCUGUCUGCACCGACGCCAAGCUCUUCAACCACUUGGAGACUAUUUGGCGAUUCAGCCCUGGUAUCCCUGCCUAUCCCCGAACCUGCACUGUGGACUUUUCGAUUUCCUUUGAAUUUCGUUCUCUGCUGCACUCAAAGCUGGCCGCCAUGUUUUUUGAUGAGGUUGUCAAGAAGAAUGUUGCUGCCUUCGAGCGCCGGGCAGCCACCAAGUUUGGUCCAGAAACAGCCAUCCCCCGUGAACUGAUGUUCCAUGAGGUGCACCAGACUUGAAGCAAAGGAUGGUUCCCUGGCCUCAUCUUUGCCCCCGCCCCCAUUCUCUUAUUUAUUUGGUUUGGCUCCUGCUCCAAUGUGAGAGGGCUCUGUUCGUUAACACUGUUCCUCCUCUCAAUCCUCCAGAAAUUGGACUCUAGGCUGGUUGGAAAUACUGGGGUGGAAAAAGGCAGGGGUGAGGCAUGCCUGGGACAAGCUCCUCCCGAAGUCUUUUCACUCCCUUAGAAUCAGGACUGUGUGGUUGUGCCUCUGGGCCCUGUCAGAGCCUCUUGGUGUGUGACCGAGGGAAGAUAGCAGCUUCUCUGAGCACUGAGUGAAUGGAGGUUUUCCUCUGGCAGAGGCACCACGUGGUAGAUAGCAUUGGCCCUGCCCGAGGUUCUCAGGACAAAAGGCAACAUGCCUCCAGCUUGGAAUCCAGAUGGCCUCACCCUAAGGACACUUCCGUGCUGCCUGCUAAUAGACGGGGAGCUGUGCUGUCACUUGUGCCACGAGGCUCAGGAAAGGAAACCACUGAACAGAGUUGCCUCUGUACUCUGAGUUGUAUCAUUCAACUUGGCAUGAGUUUUUAUAAAAUUUCAAUAAAUCGUGA